GUGGCAAUCACGCGAUGAUUCUUCUCAACUAAUCACAAAGAUAUCGGCACCCUAUAUUUAAUCUUCGGUGCUUGAGCGGGCAUGGUGGGUACUGCCUUAAGCCUGCUAAUUCGGGCUGAAUUAAGUCAGCCCGGGUCUCUAUUAGGUGACGACCAAAUCUAUAAUGUAAUUGUAACCGCGCAUGCCUUCGUAAUAAUUUUCUUUAUAGUAAUACCAAUCAUGAUUGGGGGCUUUGGCAACUGAUUAAUUCCUCUAAUGAUCGGGGCCCCUGAUAUGGCCUUUCCUCGAAUAAACAACAUGAGCUUCUGACUACUUCCCCCCUCCUUCCUUCUAUUGUUAGCUUCCUCUGGCGUGGAGGCCGGUGCGGGGACAGGAUGGACCGUGUACCCGCCUCUAUCAGGCAACCUAGCGCAUGCGGGAGCAUCCGUGGAUUUAACCAUCUUUUCCCUCCAUCUGGCAGGUAUCUCCUCUAUCUUAGGGGCUAUUAAUUUUAUUACAACAAUUAUUAAUAUAAAACCCCCGGCCAUCUCUCAGUAUCAGACCCCUUUAUUCGUGUGAGCUGUACUAAUUACCGCAGUAUUACUUCUACUCUCCCUCCCUGUGCUCGCUGCAGGUAUCACUAUGCUCCUAACGGACCGAAACCUAAAUACAACAUUCUUUGACCCUGCAGGGGGAGGGGACCCUAUUCUCUACCAGCACCUGUUCUGAUUUUUUGGUCACCCCGAAGUUUAUAUUUUAAUUCUCCCCGGCUUCGGAAUAAUUUCACAUAUUGUGGCCUAUUAUUCGGGUAAAAAAGAACCUUUCGGGUACAUGGGUAUGGUCUGAGCCAUAAUGGCAAUUGGGCUUCUAGGGUUUAUUGUAUGAGCCCACCACAUAUUCACCGUAGGGAUAGAUGUGGAUACUCGGGCUUACUUCACAUCUGCAACAAUAAUCAUCGCAAUUCCAACAGGCGUUAAAGUAUUUAGCUGGCUGGCUACUUUACAUGGGGGCUCUAUUAAAUGAGAAACCCCACUAUUAUGGGCCCUUGGUUUCAUCUUCCUCUUUACAGUAGGCGGUCUGACAGGAAUUGUCUUAGCCAACUCAUCUUUAGAUAUCAUACUCCAUGACACUUACUAUGUAGUAGCCCACUUCCACUACGUUCUCUCUAUGGGGGCCGUAUUUGCUAUUAUGGGGGCAUUCGUUCAUUGAUUCCCUCUAUUUUCGGGCUAUACUUUACACGGAACGUGAACAAAAAUCCACUUCGGGGUAAUGUUUGUAGGAGUAAACCUAACCUUCUUCCCCCAACACUUCUUAGGCCUAGCAGGAAUACCACGACGCUACUCUGAUUACCCAGACGCCUAUACAUUAUGAAACACUAUCUCAUCCCUAGGUUCCCUUAUUUCACUAAUUGCUGUAAUUAUAUUCCUUUUCAUUCUCUGAGAAGCGUUUGCAGCUAAGCGUGAAGUUCUGUCAGUCGAACUAACAGCCACAAAUGUGGAAUGACUACACGGAUGCCCUCCCCCCUACCACACAUUUGAAGAACCCGCAUUUGUUCAAAUUCAACAACCUAAGUUUUAA